AUGUAUUUCCAGUACCCAUUCUCUGUCACAGUUGUCGAAGAACUCCAGAAGGGUAUCAUGUUCCCAGCCCUCACUGUCUGCACGGAAAACUGGAUUAACAAGUCUGCCUUCUGCACCAUGUUGAAAAGCAACUGCGACGAUAAAGAUCAGCCUCGUCCCGGCCAACUGUUGGUGCUGGUGCAUGACCUGGAGGCACAGGCCAAGGUGUCCAUGUCCGCGGGCGACAUGUUCGAGUGUUACUUGCGCUCCAGUGACCCAACAUGCUCGGCCAUUCGCUGCAAAGAGAACAUAGUGCGCACGUACUUCCGCCACCCGAACCACAUGUGUUACACGCUGGACCUUAUAGAGUACGCGGAACCUGAGAGCACAUUUCUCCAGUGCAAGGCGCCUUGGACAUGGGAGCUCAACAUGAAUGUAUACUGGACCACGAGAACUUCGAUGGCCAUCGAAGACACGAACAAAUUUCCUGUGAUUGUGCACAGACCUGAGACGUGCAUCCCAGACAAGCUGUCGGCUAUCGUUGGAGAAGUCGGUGUUGAAUACGUACUCUCUGUGACGCAGGUGCGUGCAACUUUCUCGCUGUAG